GUUAACAUGGCUUCGAAAGGACAGGGCGAGAGUUGGACCGAAGAGUUAAUUUGUCCUGUCUGCCUGGAUUUGUUCACCGAUCCGGUUAUACUACAGUGUGGGCACAACUUCUGUCGCUCUUGUAUUACACGGUGUUGGGAAAGGGAGGGGAAAAACUGCUGCCCGGAAUGUGAAGAGGUGUUUGCUGACCGCACCCUCAGGGUCAAUCAGGCCUUAGCAAAUCUGGCUGAAAAAGCUCGAAAUCUAAAGCUGAAUCCGAAAGGGAAGCAAUGCGAGGAACAUGAGGAAGAACUGAAGCUGUUUUGUGAAACGGACAAGACACUGAUCUGUCUGAUCUGUAGAGAUGCGCAGGAACACAGAGAGCACAAUUUCAUGCCGAUUAAAGAAGCUGUUACAAUCUACAAGGAUCAACUAAAAUCUUCCUUAGGCUCUCUCAUAAAAAAGAAAUCAGACUUCCUGGAAAAGGAGCAGCGACAGAAAGAGAAGAUUUCCGGAGUUCGGGAACAGUCACACAGUGUUCAGUCCCACAUCACAUCCCAGUGUGCUGAACUACGCCAGAUUAUCACUGAGAAAGAGCAGCGCUUUCUCAGGGAUCUCAGGGAAGAAGAGGAGAGGAUUCUAAUUCCAAUGGAGAAAAAUCUUCGUGAGAUUCAAAAGAAUAUAAGGAUAAAUCAGCAGGAAAUCUCUAAGUUAAAGGAACAGAUAGAUCAAAGUGACAGUGUGAUAUUUCUCAAGGAGGAAUCUCGUCGGAACAGAAGGAUUAAUGACGAUGUCCAGGAAUUGUCAGUGAUAGAUGAGGUCCUCUCGGUUGGAAAAUUCGAUCUCCCCUAUUUGUUGAAAACUCUGCUCAGAGAAACACUUGAUGCCAUUAAUCGAGUCUCUGUCACUCUGGAUGUGGAAACGGCGCAUCCGCGGCUCGAGGUGUCUGAGGAUCGGAAGAGUGUGAGGAUGACCUGGACCCGCAGGGAUCUCCCUGAUGCCGAGAAGAGGUUCACAAAACGGUUUUCUGUGCUGGGAUCGGAGGGAUUCACAACGGGGAGACAUUACUGGGAGGUGGAGGUGGCCGGAAUUCGGGACUGGAGGCUGGGAGUCGCCGCAGAGUCUGUGGAGAGGAAAAAAGAGGUCGAAAUCAGUCCGGAGACCGGAUUCUGGGUCAUCAGGCUGGUUGAUGACGAGAUCAGUGUUGCCUCCUCCCCUGAGUCCCGUCUCCCUGCCGGUCCCAUCCCCGGGAGGGUGGGAGUUUAUCUCAGUUACGAGUCCGGGACAGUUUCAUUUUACAACGUGGAGACCAAAUCCCAUCUCCACACCUUCACUGGGAAUAAUUUCACGGGGAAACUUUAUCCUUUAUUUGCGACUUGGGAUGAAAACCAGUGGCUGAGAAUUCUCUCUGGUUCCGCUCUGGAUCUGUAAACGGGUCGGGUCCCGUGACAGGCCUCAGGAGUAAAGUCCCUGUAAAUAUAAAUAUGCGGAGAGAGAAAUAAACAUGAGAUGAGUGUCACAAAAAACUGUGGGUCAAUUGUUUAAGAAAAAUAACCAGAUGGCUUGAGUCGCAAAACUAGAUUGAGGUGCUUUUAUUUACCUCAAAACAAGACAAAAACUGGAAAAAAAGAAACAAUAUAUAUAGCCACCCUCAGAAUAAACACAAAAGAAAACUAACCCCAAAGCCUUGGUAACCUGAGGCUUAUAACUGCUAAGCCCCUCCCCCUAGACCAACCAAAAGCUAGUUAACUCAAUUAUCCAAUUAAAGAUGGUAUACUCCACCAUCAGCACACCUGUGCAGGUUGCUGCUGCCUCUAUAUAUAUUUUUCUCCAAAAAUACUUUAUUUAGAAAUAUUACAAAAUAAAGUUUUUACAUAUAAAAAAAUUCGUU